AUGUGGCAUUGUGUAUGUAAGACUUUGUUGGGGGUAGGAGGACCAUUUAAUAGACUUAUUGAAAUAGUUCAGUUUGGAAGGCAGGUUCAUGGAGACAAUGUACAAUGCUUUUUGGGACCAUCUGAAAGCGCAGCUAUCCAGUACUCCCCUGACCUCACUUAUGCUCUUGAACUUUUAAAAGAAUUUAAGGAGUGUGCACCAGUCCAAGAUGAAGCUGUGCAGAAAGUAGAAAGCAUAACAGAUCCUGUGCAAUUACUGAGAAGUAUCUUCCACGUUCUCAUCCUGGUGAAAAUGGACAUGGUGAGCUAUACUAUCUAGAGCCUUUGACCCUUCCUGCAGGAACAUUAUGUCCAGUAUGAACGAGCUAAAUUUCAAGAACUCCUUGACAAGCAUCCCAAUGUCCUUGAUUACACCACAAAAUGUCUAACCAAAGCAGCAACAGAUCUCAUUACACCAUCUACAAGUUCUUAUGGAUCUUCCAGCUCCUGCAGCUUGGCCUGUUCACCUCCAAGUUGGGUAGCUAAAAACUCAGAUGUCCCCAAUCCCACAAGGGUGCUAUUCCAGAGUUACAUGAACCUUCUCUGGGAUCCUGAUAAUUAUGAGUUCCCUGAGACUUUGCUGAUGGACAAAAUCUGGCUGUGGGAGAUGGAGUCCCAGCUGCACCAGUUAACUAUCCUAGCCUCAGUAUUGCUAAUAGCCAGAAGUUUCUCUGAUAAUGCUUUACUCAGGUUUUCUGAAUGUGAUAAACUGAAGUGCAUAACCAAGGCCCUGACAGAGGAAUUUAUAUCUAGGCCUCAAGUGGCUAUGCUGAGUGUGAGUGAACAAGUGUCUCAGGAAAUCCAUCAAGGCCUCAAAGACAUGGACCUUACUGCCCUGAGAAGAGAAAACAUGGCAUCUCUUUUAGGCCAACUCCAGAAUAUUGCCAAGGAGAACUGUGUUCAUAACAUCAUUGAUGAAUGGAUCAAUGAAUCAAUCCAUAUUUUUCUCAAAUGUUUGGUUCAUGGCAUGCAGGAGUCUCGGCUAGACUUUCCUGGAGGCUUUAUUCUCAUCAAAGGGGAGUUGACAGAACUAGGCUGGAAAUUUUUCAAUCUGAUGCAUCACAAUCAGCAAGUAUUUAGCCCCUACCAUGCCAAAAUCCUAAAACAUAUCAUCCCUUCAGCUCAGGCACAAGAAACAGAAGUGGGGUCUGAUAGUGAUGGACCCCAGAUAUGGCAACAGGGAACCAGGAGAGAGGGCUCACCAUGUUCCUGGGAUGACAUCACCUGUGGUCAAUAG